GUGUGUUCUUCCGGAGGUCAGCGGGCACAGCGUGGAGCUGCGGCGGUGUUGGAGGAGGAGGGGAAGGACGCGGAGCCGGUCUGCGAUCGCACUGAGUGUGAAAGGCAGCGGGCGGCUCCGCCAUGUCCUACUGCAGGCAAGAAGGAAAGGACAAAAUUAUCUUUGUGACAAAGGAGGACCAUGAGACACCAAGCAGUGCUGAGCUGGUCGCAGACGAUCCAGAUGACCCUUAUGAGGAACACGGAUUGAUAUUGCCCAAUGGAGAUAUCAAUUGGAACUGCCCAUGUCUGGGUGGAAUGGCUAGUGGUCCCUGUGGGGAACAGUUCAAGUCAGCCUUUUCUUGUUUCCACUAUAGCACAGAAGAAAUAAAGGGAUCAGACUGUGUGGACCAAUUCCGUGCUAUGCAAGAAUGCAUGCAAAAAUACCCAGAUCUUUACCCUCAAGAGGAUGAAAACGAAGAGAAAGAGAAGUUGAGCAAAGAUUUGGAAGCUCCUCCUGUGGAAGAUUCUGUUGCCAAAGAGGAGAAAGGAUCUAGCUAAUGAAGAUGCAAGGAGGCUGUUGUCUCCAUUUCUCAUUUUCAGAGAUGCGGACUUCUGCAGUAUGUCUGUUGUCUGAGUUGUCAAAAAAUGUUUCACCAUUGUUCUGUACACUGUAUCAUAGUAAAUAAUUUAUUGUGGAAGGAGAAAUCUCAAUGUGACAGUCUUGCAAAUAAAUACUGCAAAAAGCACCAACACGUGUGUGCGCUGUGUAACCUGUUACCAGACACAGUUAAUACUUCAUCAGCUGUUUUCACACAUCAAGUUCUCCUUGAGUUUCGACUUGAAUGAUCUCUUUAAAUAUAUGCAGCUGUUAACAAAAAUCUCACUAGUGUACCAGGUCAUCUUCAUUUCAGUAUGUUCUGAUCAGUAGAUUUUCUUUUGUAAUGUUUUCUGUUCUAACAGAGAUCACAUUAAAUGAUUGUUUUUCCUUAAUGACUUUUUUUUGGUACAAUGAUACAGGACAUGAAAAUGACCUAAACCUAAAAUGUGUCAGAUUAGGUUAUGGUUACAUUUUACUCACAUCAGUUUAUGAUGUGACAGAAAAAACACAACCAAAAAAAAACCCAAAGAAAUGUCUGAUUUUGUUUGCUUUUAAAUUUUGAUAAAUGGUUGUACAACCAUCAAUAUAAAUGAGUGGAAAGAAUGUUGAUCAUUAGCUUUGUUUUUGUCAGUUUGUCAGCACAGUUUUUGUUUUCCCAUAGUUAAAGCCUGCCCCUUCGCUAUUUAGACAGGCUCUUGGAAAAUACUUUGAGAGUACAAUGAAAAUGUCACCUGGUGUAAUGAUCUCAAAACAAAUACUGUGACUUAAGUACAUAUUAAAAAGUAAAUACUUUUUACCUUCA